AAAUAAUGAGAGAUCCCAAGAUCACGCAUAUUCUCCCAUGGGAAAGCAAGGCAGUAAAAAAGCAAGUAAAGAUGAUCCAUGCCUUGAAGAUUUUAAACUCACCAAAUAUUUCAUACCAUUCAAUUAAGCACAAUGACCAAAGAGUUAUCCUCUAAAGCACUUGCAAGAAAGCCCCAAAGGCCUCCUCCCUCCCUCAAGUUCCAAAAAUUCUUACUUUACCUUCUAGUCACCUGUGUCACCAUCUUUGUUCUCUUCCAAAUCCAAUCCCUUCGAACCCCAUCAACAACACCGGCUGCCUUGCCACCUACAUGGACUUCAUUUCAAUACUGGCAAAAUCUGAUCAGUAAGACAGAAAUAACAUUAAAGAGCUGCACAAAAAAACUAGAUUCCACAGCUUCCAAGCUCAAAGAAAGUGUCACAUUUCUCCCCCUAAAGGACCUCAGGUACGCGCAUGCAGCCCAAGAAGGUCACACAUGGUUCAUGAGCUCCAUGUAUGACACACAAGAAAAAGGUGAAGCUCAAUACCAGCAAUUCCCUUCCAAUUCCUCGAAAGGCAGACUACUAUGCAUAAAAGGUCAUGAUAACCACGACGGUGCAUGGAACUCAUAUGCACUGGCAUGGCCCGAGGCAUUACCAAGAAAUGCUACUCUCAUGAAAGGUCUUACUUUUAUAUCAAACAAUCAUUACAAUUAUGCUAAUUUAUGGCAUGGUCUAUCAGCUUUGGUACCCUUUGUUUCAUGGCAUAUAAAGAAUGAGUGUGCUACACCAUCCCGGUGGAUUUUGUAUCACAAAGGAGAACUUCGGUAUAAAAUGGCAGGUUGGUUGAGGAACUUAAUGGAGGCUACAUAUUCUGAGACUGUAAACAUUCAGACGUUUGAAGGUUUUGGCGAUGAUGAACCGCUUUGCUUUGAAAAGGCUGUGGUCAUGAGACACAGUGAAGGAGGAAUGUCUGGAGAAAAUUUAAUGCAAGUUUAUGAUCUGGUGAGGUGCAAAGCAAGGAUACUUUGUAAUGUGAGCCUGGAAGAUAGUAGUGAAGGUAAAAUCGGAAUGACCCUACUCAUGAGAACAGGGGGAAGGUCUUUUCAGAACGAAUCAGAGGUGGUUCGGAUCUUUGAUGGGGAGUGCAGGAAGGUAGAGGGUUGCCGGAUAAUGGUUGCUCACUCUGAUAAUCUCACCUUUUGUGAACAGGUUCAGCUAAUGAGUUCAACGGAUAUUUUGAUAACACCACAUGGAGCUCAAUUAACUAAUUUGUUCCUGAUGGACAAAAACAGCAGUGUCAUGGAAUUCUACCCCAAAGGGUGGCUAAAACUAGCAGGGAUUGGCCAAUUCGUCUACAAGUGGAUGACUCGCUGGUCGGGGAUGAAACACCAGGGCGCCUGGCACGAUCCUGAUGGUGAUCAGUGCCCGUAUUCUGAGGAUGAUCGUCGUUGCAUGUCUAUUUACAAGGAUGGAAAAAUUGGUUACAAUGAGACUCAUUUUGCCGAAUGGGGGAGAAAUGUUCUGAAUGAAGUGAAGAGGAAAAAAACAGAGGAGGCAUCACAAGGAAGAUUAACUAAUAGUCAUCAAUGUAUUUGUGCUUGAAAUUCAUCUGUUAUUUGGGUUACUUACUUAGAACAUGCUAUGUUAGCAUGGUUCAUCUUUAUCCAGACUUGGAGAGCAACUACUAAUUUUUUUGCUUCUAGAUCUAGAACAAAGUCUAUGUUUUCGUUGUUCUUUGAUAUA